AUGGAAUCUCUAUCCCCAAAUCUCGAUCUCAAGCUAGCAUCUCUGUCUCCAGUUCCUAAAUCUCUCACAAAACCCACUUCGAAACUGUUCUUUUCGGUUUUAAAUUGUCGAAAAACCCAGAAAUUUAGAGUAAAAUUGACUCAGGACGUGAAUGAAAGAAAAUCCAGUAGACAAUCCAGUUAUGGGUGUAAUGAAAAUUUGGUUAAAUGGGUUGGAAGAGGCGUUCUUGGUUUUGCUACAGCAGUUUCUUUGUGUUGUGAUUCUCCGGCUUUCGCUGAGACCCUGACUGUAGCAUUUCCUGUUUCUCACACGCUUGAGGUGAACACCGUCCAGAGAACCCUUGUGGAAGCAUGGGGCUUGAUUAGAGAGACUUUCAUAGAUCCAACAUUUAAUCAUCAAGAUUGGGACUUGAAACUGCAACAAACAAUGGUGGAAAUGUUUCCCCUUAGAUCAGAGGAUGCAGCUUAUAGUAAGGUCAAGGGAAUGCUUUCAACUCUUGGAGACCCUUUUACACGGAUUAUAAGUCCCAAGGAAUAUCAAAGUUUUAGAAUAGGAAGUGACGGAAACUUGCAAGGGGUUGGUCUUUUCAUCAAUGUUGAGCCGAAAACUGGACAUCUGGUUGUCUUGUCAUGUAUACAGAAUGGCCCUGCUGCACGUGCUGGUAUACACGAAGGAGACGAAUUAAUUGAAAUAAAUGGUGAAAGACUGGAUGGAGUGGCUAGUGAAGCAGCAGCACAAAAGCUCAGAGGACGUGUUGGAACAACGGUGACAAUAAAAGUUAACAGCGUUGACAACUUGGGAAGUUCUUGUAUCAGAGAGGUAAAACUGCCCCGUGAAGUCAUUAAGCUUUCAUCUGUUUCUAGUGCCAUCAUUCCCCACAGAGCACCCGAUGGCCAUCUAUCAAAGACCGGAUAUGUAAAGUUGGCAACCUUCUCUCAGAGUGCUGCCACAGAGAUGGAAAAUGCGAUUUAUGAGAUGGAAAAUCAGGGUGUGCAAUCAUAUAUCCUGGAUCUGCGAAACAAUCCAGGUGGUUUGGUGAAAGCAGGACUUGAUGUUGCCCAGAUUUGGCUAGAUGGAAAUGAGACUCUAGUCAACACCAUUGAUAGAAAUGGGGAUAUGCUACCUAUUAGCAUGAUGGAUGGGCAUGCCAUAACGCAUGAUCCACUCGUUGUUCUUGUAAAUGAAGGGAGUGCAAGUGCAAGUGAGAUUCUUGCAGGAGCACUCCACGACAAUGGCAGAGCAAUUCUCGUGGGACAUAGAACUUUUGGGAAAGGAAAAAUCCAGAGUGUGACAGAACUACAUGAUGGAUCGGCCCUUUUCAUAACGGUGGCCAAGUAUUUGUCUCCGGCACUUCAUGAUAUCGACCAGGUUGGCAUAGCCCCUGAUGUACAAUGCACGACUGAUUUUCUCAAUUCACCCAAAGACUCUUUCAAGGAUGGGAGUUCAGAUUCAUCCUUAGAAAGUGAUUCCUGUAUCCUGGUAGCAGAACAUCAGCUAGACAUUCAAGAAUCCACAGGCUCAGCUUCUUGA